AUGAACAAUAAAGGAAUGUUUAAACAUAGAGAUAUCAAUACUUUUUUAACAAACAAUCCAACAACAGAAAAAUAAUCUAAAAAACCGUUUGAAUAUUUGAAUCUGUCUUAUCCAAAGUAAUUUGAUUAUUCUCCCAUUAAGAAACAAUCUUAUUCAUCAAAAGCUAACGAAAUAUAAUAUAAAAGUUAUUAAGAACCUUCAUUUUUAAAAUAGAACACUUUACCGAAUUAUGAACCAACAAAAUGUUCUAGUAUAAAAAAUGGAAUCAUAAAAGCAUAUGCAGCUAAUACAAAUUAAGGAUUAGUUAGAGAUUAUAAUGAAGAUAGAGUUUCAAUCAUAUUGAACAUUAUAAAACCAUAAAGUAGAGAAAAUGAAUAAUGGCCAAAAUGUUCAUAUUUUGGAGUAUAUGAUGGACAUGGAGGAUCAGCUUGUGCAGACUUCUUAAGAGACAAUUUACAUUAAUUUGUACUUAAAGAACCAGAUUUUCCAUGGAAUCCAAUUAGUGCAAUAACUAAAGGUUUUGGUGCAGCAGAAAAAUGUUUUAUCUAAAUGGCUGAAGAUUCAUUUAAUAAAGGAAUUCCAGAAAGAAGUGGAUCAUGUGCAAUUGUAAUAUUAAUUGUUGGAGAUACUUGUUAUGUAGCUAAUGUAGGGGAUAGUAGAGCAAUAUUAAGCGCAGAAAAUGGAAAAAAAAUUAUUGAUCUUUCAAAUGAUCACAAACCUGAAUAUGAAAAAAAUAGAAUUAUUAAAGCUGGAGGAUAAGUGUAUCAAACACAUGGAAUAAAUGAAGAUGGAUUAACAAUUUUAGGGCCAAUGAGAGUGAAUCCUGGAAAAUUGUCUGUUUCAAGAACUUUUGGAGAUAUUGAAGCUAAAUAGGAGAGAUUUGGUGGGAAACCAAAAGUUGUUAUAGCAGAACCAGAGAUAAAGUAAUUUAAAAUAGUUUAGGAUCAUGAUUUUAUUGUUUUAGGAAGUAAUAAAUUAAAAAUAAUAAUAAUAGGUGAUGGUAUAUUUGACACAAUGAGUUCAAGAGAUGUAAUAAAUGGUAUUUGGAAAGAUGUUUAGAGUAAUUAGAAUUUGAAUGAUUUACAUAAUGUAAUGUCAAAUGCUGUUGAGUCAGUAAUAAAAGAAAGUCUAUUAAGAAAGUCAAUAGAUAAUGUGACCGUAUUAAUAAUAGCAUUUUCAAUUAAUCCUUUAAGAGAGGAAGAGGCAAGAGUAAAAACAAUAUCAUAUAUUGAUUAAUUAGUUAAAUAGAGUAGCAAUAUAUCUGGUAUAAGAUCUAGGUAAAUAUGUAAAUUAUAGAAUAAUAGUUAUGAUAGAAAAUAUAAUGAUGAGAAUAAUCCAUUUUUUAUGAAUGCUUAGAAAUAGAAAUAAAAUGCAAAGUUAACUAAAAUAAUUAAUUUGGGAGAGAAUUUUCGAUAUCGUUUAAUUGGUUGAGAG